CCAGCGUUUUGGUCCAGGGCUUGUACCAGCUGAUCUGCUCCGCGGCUUUGCCCCAGAACCUCUCGGGGUCGGCCACCGAGGCCGCGAAGUGGGUCUUGUACUCGCAGCCGCCCGAGGACAGCGCCCGGCAGCCCCGGCCCCCGAGAGCGCCCCGUGGGCCGGGGGCCACGUACGCCCUGCGGGCCGGGCCGGCUCCCCGGGCGGGAGAGGACGCGGGCAGGGACCCCCCGAGUCCCCCGGCUCCGGUGACUUUGCGACACUGCAGCCAAGAUGGCUUCAUCGCUGCCGGCGGCGCCCCCCUGCAGGCUGCGCUGCCCGCGGUCCCGAGCCCACUCCUCGGGCGACCCCUGGGGCGCUCGCGACUUCCUGGGCCCCAAGGGGAGCAGGCGGGAGGCGGAGGCAAAUUCCGAGGUGUGCCCAGAGCCCGGGAGUUUGGAAGUCACACUGGAGUCGCCGGCAAAAACCGACCUGGAGCGGCGCGGGAAGCCACAGGCUGCAGCGGGGGCGGGGAGGUGGGCUCACAGCGUCCCCGCGCGGGGCGAGAGCGGCGCCGCGCGAAACCCGACGCCUCCGCGCGUCUCCAGCUCCGCGACUUCGCCUGGAAAACCGCGCUCAGGCUGCAGAGCGGCCUCCCUUCUCCGACGCACAGGUACCCCUAAGAAACCUCACUGAAAAAGAAAGUACGGUGGUGGUGAUGAUAAACACCCACAAGAACAGAGAGAACCAGAGAGGACAAGAAAACAAUCAUUGCAAUAAAGGCAAGGAGAAAAAGGCGGAUGAAAGAAUUGUAUUAAAACAAAUAACAUUCCAGUGGAUGGGAAGAACUCUACAACUUCAGUUCAUUCUAGCAACCAAAUAUAAGCGGUUGCUGAUGCUGAAGCUGAGCGUCACUUCGGCUCCCACGGCAGACAUGGCGACAUUGACAGUGGUCCAGCCGCUCACUCUGGACAGAGAUGUUGCCAGAGCAAUUGAAUUACUGGAAAAACUGCAGGAAUCUGGAGAAGUACCAGUGCACAAGCUACAAUCCCUCAAAAAAGUGCUCCAGAGUGAGUUUUGUACUGCUAUUCGAGAGGUGUAUCAAUAUAUGCAUGAAACGAUAACUGUUAAUGGCUGUCCCGAAUUCCGUGCCAGGGCCACAGCAAAGGCAACAGUUGCAGCUUUUGCAGCUAGUGAAGGCCACUCCCACCCUCGGGUAGUCGAGCUGCCAAAAACAGAUGAAGGCCUUGGUUUUAAUGUGAUGGGAGGAAAGGAGCAAAAUUCCCCCAUUUAUAUCUCUCGCAUCAUUCCUGGAGGGGUGGCCGAAAGACACGGAGGCCUCAAGCGAGGAGACCAGCUACUAUCAGUGAAUGGAGUGAGUGUGGAAGGAGAACACCAUGAGAAAGCUGUGGAACUACUCAAGGCUGCUAAGGACAGCGUCAAGUUGGUGGUCCGAUACACCCCGAAAGUCUUGGAAGAAAUGGAGGCUCGCUUUGAAAAGCUACGGACAGCCCGGCGUCGGCAGCAGCAACAACUGCUAAUUCAACAACAGCAACAGCAGCGGCAGCAACAAACACAGCAAAACCACAUGUCAUAGGUCCUUGAAGCUACUUGAUCAAACACCCAAUAGUCACAAGUUUGAAACCGUGCUUCAGAAUCCCAGCACAUAGUAAAGGAAAAGACAACACUGAUAAUUAUACCUGUCAAGAAACUGUGAACACGUGGUGUAUAAAUUCUUUACCAAGGCAACUCGACACCUUCUUUCUCUGGGGCUGAACCCCCGCUGCUCACGUGCUUUUUACACACACAGACCUUCCAUUCACUGCAGUGGGAAUUCUCAGUGUGUAAAGGGAGAGGUUUUCCAGUCUGCAGACUGAAACAGAAUAAGAAGAAUAAAGUCCAUGACUUUCAGAUAAAUCACCAGGGCCAGGGUUAAGUGAAUCUUGGGUCUAUAGCUUUUCCAGAGAUUAACAAAUCCCUCAUUAGGCUAUAGUUCAAACUGCAUCAGUUCAAGGUUGUCGCCACUUAAAAGAAACCUACACAUUGCCCCUCACCCGGACCUGUUCCACGUCUGUAUUGCUGAGUUGUCUGAAUUAGAAUUCCAGUUAAUUGCAAAUUCAACCUCUGUUCCCCUCUUGAAAAUGGCAAGUUAUUAUACUAUAUUUAUACUCAAUUCAGGUUCUAGAAGCAUUUGGCUUUUUAUUUUCUGUU